CCACAGGACCAAAACAGUCACAAUCCAAAUCAACCAGUAUGGCGUUGACCCAACUAGCAGAUGUAGCGGCACGGUCUGCACCCCCAGCAGCGAUCACAGAGGCAUCAUCUUCACCUGCGUCUCCAGCUCCUGUGGCCAAGAAACGGCGCGUGGAGAGGCGCGAGCGGCUGCGCAAGAGCGCUUUGUGCAAACAUUUCGACAAGCCCGGCGGCUGCCCAUUCCCAAACUGCAAAUUUGCCCAUGGCCGAGCGGAGGUAAAUGACAGCGACACGCACUCGGUGGCGGCCCAGAGGCGACUCAUUCGGGAGCAGGCGAUUCAUCGCGCCGAAGAGCAAUUCCAGACAGCAGACGCAGGCGCUGUCACCUCCAAACGUAGAGGAACAAUGGCAAGCUGUUGGUUACUGAAGAUUCUGUUGGACUGGAGACUAAUUGGUGCUGUGCAGAUUGAGCGCUACUACACGGAGAUGUUCUCUUGCGAUACGAUGGGUAAGCCCAUGGAGGACCAGUAUGUGCACAUGCACUCCAACCGUCUGUGUGUGGUGGGCGUGGCCGAGUCCCACCCGGUCAUGCUGGAAGAGCUGGUGAGUGUCGAGUUCACACAGAACGUGUUGGAAAGCCGCGUGACAGGCAAGAAGAAGAAAGGUGGUCGCUUCAUGCUGCCGAACACGGUGCUCUGCGUUCUCAAGUGCAAGAGUGGCCGUGAAUUUAAUCUCUACAGUUGCAUUCGCGGUGCGCUGAUCGAGGUCAAUGAACGUCUGCAAAAAGAACCGGAGCUAUUGAAGCAAAAGGUGAGUGAGUUGUCUACUGACUACGUGACCUUGACUAAUGGGUCUUCCUUUUUUGCUGGACACUGUUGUUCUUGUAGCACCAAUCGGACGGAUACCUUGUCAUCAUUCAACCGAAGAAGGUGGAGGUGGCGGAGAUCCAGGAGUCACUGCUGUCGAAGGAAGAGUACCAGCAGUUCCGAGCCAUUUCGAAGGCUAAUUCGGCAUCGGAUGCAUCGCCACAGAAGCCUGCUGAGUCAACCUUAGCUAAAGACACGCCUGAUGUCAAGCAAGAACGCAAGGGUGAGCCGGUGUCCGAUACCAAUAUCGUGAAGGAUGAACCCAUGGCCGAUACUGUGAAGGAAGAGUCGAAGGAUGAACCGACGUUUGAUAGCGUGAAGUUAGAGCCACCGUCCGGUACCGUGAAGGACGAACCGAUGUCGGAGGAUGCAUCCAUGGAAGAGUAGAAGCGAACGGCAUACUAAUAGACGCCUUGAAAAACACCA